AUGGACCGCGCGAAGAGGAGCGCGGUCGCCGGCCUCCCCGACGACAUCCUCGUGGAGAUCCUCUCGCGCGUUUCCGUCAAGGACCUCCACAGAUCCAAGUGCGUGUCCAAAGCGUGGUGUGGCCUCGUCACCGACCCCCUCCACCGCAAGGAGCUCCCGCAAACCCUACAUGGGUUCUUCUACGGCGGCGGGGGAUACGGUGGUGACAGAGGCAGCGAUGGCGAAGACGAAGACAGGGACAGGGACGGCGGCGAGGACGGGGAAGAAGACGCCGACGACAGCGACAGCGACAUCGACAUCGACACAGAAGAAGACGUCGACGACGAGGAAGAAGAAGACGACGACGACGACAAGAACCAGAUCUCCCCAGGGUACGGUCACUUCAUCAACCUGCUCGGGAGAUCCGCGCAUCUCGUCGACCCUUCCUUCUCCUUCCUGAAGCGACUACCCCUACCCGCCAUUGACAAACUCAGGCUCUUAGGUUCCUGCAAUGGGCUUCUCCUCUUUGGGCACGACAUCGAUUUAGAUAGCAUGGAAUUUAUCGUGUGCAACCCCGCCACUGAGCAAUGGGCUGCUGUGCCCUGCAACCAGGGCCGGCCUCCGACGGAUUGGCAUCUUCGAGCAAGCCAAACCUAUUUGGUCUUCGACCCGGCUAUCUCUUCCCAUUUCCAUCUGGUCAUGUUCCGGCAGGAGGAUCGGAGACCAACUGUGCACGCCUACCACUCUAAAACUGGGGCAUGGAGUCACAGCGAUAUUGACUGGACUGAAGAAGAAAGGAAAAGAUCGCACCUUGACCUCUGUUACCUUCAGGCUUCCGAUGCGGCCGUUGUUAAUGGCAUGCUCUAUUUGAUCCUCGAGGAAAAUCAGAUUUUUCAGGUGGAUUUCGAAGGGAAGACCCGUGGGGUCAUCCCAGCUCCAUCGUCAAUUGUUCAGGGGAAUCUUGAUUACACUGCAAUUUUCGUUGGUCAAUCCCAAGGGCGCCUGCAUUGCGUCAAUGAGGAGUGGGGUGCUGAUGAUUUCCCCUCCGAACUGUCAUAG